AUGUCUACUUUUAAUGCUAAAGAUUUCUGCGAAAAUCCCACACUUGAGCAGUUAACCGAACCUAUUAAGAAAGAUGAUUGGCGUUUUAUUGCUCAGUAUUUCUCGGUACCUCAUUCAGGUUCAGCAACCAAGAAAGUAAUUAAGGAACUAGUAAUAGAAAAUUUAAUUCAAAGAGAAUUGCUUCCCUCUGAAGCCACCUAUUAUUUAAAUCCUCAAGAUUCCGAACUACUUGAAAUUAGAGAUGCUUCUAUUUUGUCUGACCACAAAGAUGAAUCUUGGUCCACCGCCCGACUUGAAUUUGAAAAGAAUGCUUUAGAUCUAAAACUUCAGUUAGAAAAACAAAAAUUAGAAGAGAAAGCAAAAGACCGAGAAAUAGAAAUAGCUAAACUUAAGUUAGAAGAAAGAAAACUAGAAGCUACAUUAAGUGGCACAUGCAAUAAUGAUUUUAUCAUUAAUGAAUCAUUAAACCUAACUAAGAAUUUGCCCCUUGUUCCUUCAUUCCUUGAAAGUGACCCUGAUGGCUCAUUUCGUAACUUUAAGAAAACUGCUGAACACUUUAAAUGGCCCCGUACCGAGUGGACUUGGCUUCUUCAACCAAAAUCAAACGGUAAAGCUGCCGUCACCUUUUCAAAUCUUGAUUGCAUUGAUGAUUAUGACACUGUAAAACAGUCUAUUCUUGAUGCUUAUGCAAUCACACCUGACAGCUACAGACAAAAGUUUCGAAGUCUUACUAAGACUCCUCAUAGUACCUUUGCCGAAUUUUUUACAGAGAAAGCCAGGUUGUUUAACAAAUGGCUGGAUGCAACUUCAACUAAGUCUUUCUCACAAUUAAAAGAUCUCCUUGUAUUUGAGGAAAUAAAAAGAAAGUUACCCUUCGAUAUUCUCAAGCAUAUAGAAGAGAGAGGUGAAACCGAUCUCCUUAAAGCAGCACAAAUAGCAGAUUCGUUUGCGCUUUUGAAAAGGUCACAGCUGGGUAAGGUAGACAAGGUUAACUUUUAUGUACAGUCCUCCUCUGGUGAUAACCUUGGGAAUAGUGGUGGUAAAGCUGGCAAAAAUACAUUAAACUUUUGUUUGUAUUGCAAGCGAGCAGGUCAUACCAUAGACAAAUGCAAAGACCCAAAGUGUAGAAAGUCUAGCAUAAAUGUAAGACAAUUCACAAAUCCAAGUAUCAAAUCUUUUGAAUCUAAGCCUGUGACAAGUGUGAAUAAUGUAAACUCUCCAGAUCCCUUCACUGAUUUUAAAUCUCGGGGAACUGUCUCCCUUCAUUCAACGAGUAAAUCGUAUCCUGUACUCCUCCUUAGGGACACGGGAGCUGCCCAAAGUAUCAUUCAUAAGUCUGCUCUACCUGGGAUUGAGACAAAAUAUACAGGUGAAAAAGUUCUCGUUAAAGACCUAACUUCAAAAAUAAGCUAUAAACUAGCUAAUAUAUUUCUCAGUUCUGACUUCGUAUCAGGGGAAGUAAAAAUAGCUGUAACAGACCAGGUUUUUCCUAUAGAGGGAGUAAACUUAAUUCUAGGACAUGAUCUGGCAGGGAAAUUAGUUUACCCUACAAUUAAUGUUGUCACCAAGCCUUUACCUUAUAGCCCAACCAAAGAACUGGAUCAGAAGCAACCUCAUAUUUUCCCUGUAUGUGCUGUUACCCGUUCUCAAAAAUUAAAUAGAGAGGCCUCCUUGGUAAAAGGAGACCCUGUUGAUAAAUUAAUCUCGCAAGAUAUCACUCGAAGCAAAUUAAUUGUAGCCCAGAAUGAGGAUCCCUCUCUUGCUAAAUGCAGACAUGCUGCUUCCGAUAGUCUUGCUGAUCAAAAGGUCCCUGGGUUUUAUUAUCAUGAUGGACUAUUGAUGAGAGUAUUUCGCCCUCCUGAACUCCGUGCUUUAGAUACAUGGGCAGAGGUACACCAAGUAGUUAUUCCCUUGUCAGUUCGGGAAUCAGUCGUGAAACUUGCACAUGAUGGUUUAGCAAGUCACAUGGGUAUUCAAAAGACCUACAAGAAGGUACUUCAAAAUUUCUAUUGGCCAGGUAUGAAGAAAGAUAUUGCAUUAUUUAUCAAGUCUUGCCAUGUGUGUCAGGUUGGAGGAAAACCCAAUCAAAUAAUUCCAAGAGCUCCUCUACAACCAAUUCGGGUAAUCUCCGAUCCUUUUGAGAGAAUUGUGAUUGACUGUGUAGGUCCACUACCUAAAACAAAGAAAGGGAAUCGAUAUCUCUUUACAAUCAUGGAUACAGCUACUAGGUAUCCUGAAGUUUAUCCUUUAAAGAAUAUUUCGGCUAAUUCCAUUGUGAAAUGUUUACUUCAUUUGUUCACAUCAUUUGGAAUCCCUAAAGAGAUUCAAUGUGAUAAAGGUAGUAACUUUACAAGUGACUUACUUCAAGAAGUCUUAAAAGGUUUAGGUAUCUCGCAACAGAUGUCAACAGCUUACCACCCACAGUCACAAGGUUGCCUCGAGAGAUUUCACCAGACUUUAAAGUCAAUGCUUAAAAAGUAUUGCUUAGAAACUGAGGGUUCCUGGGACGAGAACAUUCACUUUCUACUUUUUGCCCUGCGUGAAUGUCCACAAGAAUCACUUGGAUAUUCUCCCUUUGAAUUGUUGUAUGGAAGACAAAUUAGAGGUCCCCUUAAAGUUCUUAAAGAUCAGUGGUUUUCAGACUCAUCAGCCAACCCUAAUCAAACAGUGGCAUCUUACAUAGAUAAUCUUAGAUCGAAGUUAUCUGAUGCAAGGAAAUUGGCUCUCUCUAACCUUCAUACCACUCAAAAUAAAAUGAAGUCUUCUUAUGAUUUAAAAUCUCAAAUUCGAGAAUUCUCUCCAGGAGACAAAGUUCUCCUCUUCCUUCCAAUUCCUGGAAGUCCUCUAAAGAGCAAAUUCACUGGACCUUAUGUUAUUUCCCAUAAAGUUUCUGACUGCAAUUAUGUAGUUCAAACUCCUGAUAGACGUAAAGAUACUCAGUUGGUACAUAUCAACUUAAUCAAAUCUUAUACCGACAGGCAGCCAAAGGAGGACUUUUCCAAAGGCAAAUCCAUUGCAUGUAUGAUUCGUCAGGAAUCUCCCAUAAUUUCUGUGUCUGAAGAGUAUAUUCAGGAGACUGAGGAUUGUGUAGAAAUUCCAGCUCCUCAUAAUCCACAUAACUCUGAGAUAAUAGCUAAUCUCCAUGAAUAUUUAAGUUUCUUAUCUCUUUCAAAGAUACGUGAUGUAUCUCUUGUCUUAAAAGACUUUCCUCAGGUAACAGCUGACAACCCAGGGUUUUGUGGACAUACUCUACAUGAUGUUCAAUCGCUCCCGAGGUAA